CCUUCCCUCGAGAAAUCCGCUCUCCAGAGACCUCUCAUGGCUAAUCUGUCUACUUUUCUUUAGGCGGCACCACCCGUUCAACGGCCGGCGCUCAUCCAACCGUGGUGGGGCACCGGACUACGCAUUAUACGUCCAGUAAACAACUCGCAGUUUGAACACUCGUAUUAUCUAUCUCGCACGCCAAUCGUCAACUGUGAACAAUGGCUCCCCACGCAAGCUCUGAUGUUGCUGCCAAUGGCGCCGUGAACGGGUCCGCUCGUGCCAACGCUCCUUUGUUUACCGUCAACUCGCCCAACGUCGUGUACACCGACAAUGAAAUCAGAAGCCAGUAUGCUUACCAUACCACUGAUAUCACCCGCACUGCCGACAACAAGCUCGUUGCCACUCCCAAGGCCACCAACUACCACUUCAAGGUCGACCGCAAGGUGGGCAAGGUGGGUGUCAUGAUGGUCGGCUGGGGUGGUAACAAUGGUUCCACCGUGACCGCAGGUCUUCUUGCCAACCGCCGGGGUCUUGAAUGGGAGACCCGCGAGGGCAUGCGCGCCUCCAACUACUACGGCUCUGUGGUCAUGGGUUCCACCAUCAAGCUCGGUACUGACGCCAAGACCGGUGAGGAGAUCAACAUUCCUUUCCACGACAUGCUGCCCAUGGUCCACCCCAAUGAUCUCGCUAUUGGUGGUUGGGACAUUAGCAGCAUGAACCUUGCCGAUUCCAUGGACCGUGCUCAGGUUCUGGAGCCUACCCUCAAGCAGCAGGUUCGUAAGGAGAUGGCCGAGAUGAAGCCCCUGCCUAGUAUCUACUACCCGGACUUUAUCGCUGCCAACCAGGAGGACCGGGCCGACAAUGUGCUCGAGGGCUCCAAGGCAUGCUGGGCUCACGUUGAGAAGAUUCAGCAGGACAUUCGCGACUUCAAGGCGCAGAACGGCCUCGACAAGGUCAUCGUGAUGUGGACUGCCAACACCGAGCGUUACGCCGACAUCCUUCCUGGCGUCAAUGACACGGCCGACAACCUGCUCAACGCUAUCAAGACCAGCCACCUGGAGGUGUCCCCGUCCACUGUCUUUGCCGUGGCCUGUAUCCUGGACAAGGUUCCCUUCAUCAACGGCUCUCCCCAGAACACCUUCGUCCCUGGUGCGAUCCAGUUGGCUGAGCAGCACAAGGCCUUCAUUGGCGGAGACGACUUCAAGUCGGGCCAGACCAAGAUGAAGUCGGCUCUGGUUGACUUUUUGAUCAACGCCGGUAUCAAGCUCACCUCUAUUGCCAGCUACAACCACCUGGGCAACAACGACGGCAAGAACUUGAGCUCCCAGAAGCAGUUCCGGUCCAAGGAGAUCUCCAAGUCCAACGUGGUGGACGACAUGGUCGCGGCCAACCAGAUCCUCUACGCCAAGGACGAGCACCCCGACCACACCGUGGUGAUCAAGUACAUGCCUGCGGUGGGCGACAACAAGCGCGCGCUCGACGAGUACUACGCGGAGAUCUUCAUGGGUGGCCACCAGACCAUCAGUCUGUUCAACAUCUGCGAGGACUCGCUGCUGGCGUCGCCCUUGAUCAUUGACCUGGUGCUGAUUGCCGAGAUGAUGACUCGCAUCAGCUGGAAGGCGGAUGAGGCGGCCGAGUACAAGGGCUUCCACAGCGUGCUCAGCGUGCUGAGCUACAUGCUCAAGGCUCCUCUGACUCCUCCGGGCACACCGGUGGUCAACUCGCUCACCAAGCAGCGCAGUGCCCUGACCAACAUCUUCCGGGCGUGUGUUGGACUGCAGCCCGAAUCGGAGAUGACUCUGGAGCACAAGCUGUUCUAGACCAACCUAGUACGUGCUUAGCCGUUGUGCUAGGCGCUGACCACCUUUGCCAUUGUUAGCCAACUACAGUCACUCUUUGAA